AGUACUAGCAUUUAUAGGCCCGCCCAAUCCAAACUAAUGAAAAUAGAUAUGAUGUUGUUCGUUUAAGACUCCACAGCUGAAUUUUGUGCGACAUUCUAGUCUUCUAUAUAGGGGGCGGGUGGUCAGUCUUUCUUGGGUUUGUCUGAAUCAAUCAUGGGAGAGGCAGCAAAAACCAAUCCUCCAGCUGUGCCCGAAGAAGCCCCCAUCAGAGUUGCAGCCAUCUGUGGCUCCCUCCGUAAGGGCUCUUGUAAUCGAGGCCUCAUCCGGGCAGCAAUUGAGAUAUCCAAUGAGUCAAUAGGUGGCAUGAUCAUAGAGUAUAUAGACAUUUCACCUUUACCAUUGUUGAAUACAGAUUUAGAAGUGAAUGGGACUUUUCCCCCAGAAGUUGAGGCUUUUCGGGAUAAGAUUCGCCAAGCAGAUAGCGUUCUUUUUGCUUCGCCAGACUACAACUAUUCUGUCACUGCACCUCUGAAAAAUGCUAUCGAUUGGGGAUCAAGACCCCCCAAUGUUUGGGCUGAUAAGGCUGCUGCACUUGUAGGUGCUGCCGGAGGUACUGGUGGGGCUCUUCAACAGUAUCAUGUCCGCCAGAUUGGAGUCUUUCUUAAUCUUCAUUUCAUCAAUAAGCCUGAGUUUUUCCUCCGGAGGCCUUUAGCCCCGCCCCAGAAGUGUGAUGAAGAUGGUAACUUGAUCGAUGGGGAAGUCAGAGAGAGGUUGAAGGAGGUUCUUUUGUCUUUAUAUGCAUUUACCUUGAGACUCCAGGGCAAGUCUAAAUGAUAUAUGUUCCGUUACUUUCUCCUUCUCAUCUGCUAGCACGUCAUUUCACACGGUCUAAUGAAUAAAAUUUGAUUCUUUCAUCACUGGAGUUAAUAGUGUUGGGAAGAGCUAUAACUUACUUUCGGUUUUCAGGGCAUCAUAUGUUGUUUGUUUCUUGUUUGUUCGUAUUCCUUCUGGGGCAGGCUACUACUUGGGAUUGGGAAUUUGCCAAGUUCUUGCAAAAUGCUUCUAGGAGGUUUUUGUAAUUCUGUAUCCUUCGUGGACGAAAAUAAAUGUACCUUAGUUUAAUGUUGUAUGCAUGAAUGCACUGAUUCGGCAAAUGUAGCAUUUUCCACCAUGCCUUGAAGAUUGGCAUGUAGCAAUUUCCCAUCCCAGAUUCUUGUAAAACACAGACAACAGUGAUGAAAAGGUGAACAAGCGAGGCCAAAAAUGAAGUCCUAUUCAAA